ACGAGGCGCUUCAAAGUUGGAGGGAGAAAGGGAUUCCUGCUCUCAGCCCGCUCGGCACGUUGUUUCUUUUUUCUCGUUUUCUUUGCGGCUGGGGUGGCUGACGUUGGCUGGCGCGCGCCGGAGAUGAACCAGCGCCCCGGAGGAGGGCGAAGAAUCGAGCGGCAGUAGGACCCGCCCGAUCGCGGAGCGCUCAUCCCUCUCUCGGAGGCGGCCGCGCGGGGAAGGCGAGCGCUGCAGGAGCCAGGGCGGAUAGCGGCCGCGGCUGGUUGAGAAGCAAGUCGGCGAGAGGCAGUGGAAGGGAUGGAUUGAUGGUUAAAGAUGGAGAGAGGCAGAGGAGGAGGAGGAGGAAGGAGUGUGGGGGGCUCUGGCCUACACAGGAGCAUUUACUCCCAGUCCCAGCAGCAGUAUCAUUAUCCUGCCUCCUCUUCUCAGGCGGGCUGCAUGGAAAUCCAGGAGCUGGCGUCCAAAAGAGUGGACAUCCAAAAAAAGAGAUUUUAUCUGGACGUGAAGCAAAGUUCCCGAGGCCGUUUUCUGAAGAUAGCCGAAGUCUGGAUAGGAAGAGGCAGGCAGGACAAUAUCAGAAAAAGCAAGCUGACUCUAUCUUUAUCAGUAGCUUCUGAGUUGAAAGAUUGCCUGGGUGAUUUCAUAGAACACUAUGCCCAUUUGGGCUUGAAAAGCAGCCAGAGUCACCGGAAUGAUCAUGCUAAUGGCAAAGAACAAGAUUCAAGAAGACGGCAACACCAUCAACUACCCUCGCCUCCAGCUUCAGUGGGAUCUGAGGAACAUCUUCACAGCGUCUUAAAAACUGAAUAUAUUGAAAGAGAUAAUAGGAAAUAUUACCUAGACCUAAAGGAGAAUCAACGUGGACGUUUCUUAAGGAUUAGACAAACCUUGAUUAGAGGACCUGGCAUGAUAGGAUAUUUUGGUCACAGUUUGGGGCAGGAACAGACUAUUGUCCUUCCAGCACAGGGAAUGAUUGAAUUCAGGGAUGCUUUGGUCCAACUUAUUGAAGAAUAUGGGGAAGGAGACAUAGAAGAAAGGAGGAGUGGAGGGGAUGAUCCUCCUGAACUCCCAGAGGGGACUUCCUUCAGGGUAGACAACAAGAGGUUUUACUUUGAUGUGGGAUCUAACAGGUAUGGUAUUUUUUUGAAGGUAAGUGAAGUGAGGCCUCCAUACCGUAACACCAUAACUGUCCCAUACAAAGCAUGGACCAGAUUUGGAGAAAACUUUAUCAAGUAUGAAGAGGAAAUGAGGAGAAUUUACAAUGGCCAUAAAGAGAAAAGAAUGGAUAUCAGAGGAGACAGUGGAGAAGAACAAGAAGGUCUUGAUUAGAAUGUUUUUCAAUGGGCCAAGAAUCAAAGCAGAGAAAUGCCAGGAGGUACUGAUAUGUAAUGGCUGGAAGAAGUUGCCUUUCUUUUUGUAGGUUCUUCCCUGUUAUUAGAUAAUUCCAAUAUAUGGGUCUGGUUUUCAUGUUAAAUUACACCCAGCAACUUCUCUGGUUUCUUAUAGGAACAAUUAAUUACCCUGUGAUUCUAAUUCUUAACCUCACAAGUUUAUCAAAUAUGUAUAAUACCACUAACUCUGUUGUAAUCUUUAAAGAAUAUAUAUAAGAUUUGUGUUGCAGUAUAACAUGAUGCAAAUAAGCCAGAUGGAAUUGAUGUGUUGUAAUAGUAACCAAGAGCAUUUAUGACCAAAACUGACCUUUAAAUUUUAAAUGAUUGUAUUGGGAAAGGUAUAUUUAACUAAGUAAAUCUGCUCGUUACAUUAUGAUAAAAUAUUUUAAAGGGAGGAAGACUUGGCCAGUGAUUAAUUUCAUCAUUGAUUAGGUAUGGGUACCUAAUCAUAGGAUAACCCAGUAAUUUAAGUGACCCCCUCCAAAAGAUAUAUCUAUGUUUAAUGUUGAUCAUGUCAUCCCUUCUGUAUGGAUUGUUGACAUCUUGUGAGGAGAGCUUAUUUAAAUAGUACAAAUCUCAAAACUAUUUUUAUAUUUGUCCCCACAAGUGGUUCUAGGAAGUUGCUGUGAUGUGGGAAUUUGGUAGAUGAAUAAUGGUUGGAAUUAAAAUGCUAAACAGGAAGGUUAAAUGUCUACAGUGUGGAAAAACAUUAGAAUAAUUUCUGAUUUAUCUUCAAAAAAUACUUUGAAAGAUUUUGGUGCAUCAGUUAGUUGGUAUCCUGCAGAUCAGAUUUCACAUUGGUGCAAUUGAAAUAUUCAGUAAUAGCUAUUGAUCUUAUUUUGAAAUCUUAGCUCUUAAAUAUUUAUUUCAAAUUAUAAUCUGUAUUUUAAUUUUGCUAAAUAUUAACCCAGGUUUAAAAAUAUCAAGAAAAUGACUGGAGAAGCCUGUGUUAGGUAGCUAAUAGAUGAUUUAUCAUGAAACAGAAAUGAAAUAUACAUUUUGUUUGUUUGGCAUCAUUUAAGACUUCAAUUAUCUAUAUUUAAAUGGGAAUAUAAUGAACUGAAUACAGUGAAACUAAAUACAAUAUUGCAUCAAUAUGGCAAGGGUUGUGCUGUAAAUCCCAUUUUAAAUUGGAGUUCAGAGUGCCAAAGCUUUUGCUUUUGACCUUGAUACUGUGUAAGCUAUUUCUAUGUUGAAACCUAGUACUCUUUCUUUAAAAGAACUAGAUUGGUUGGUUCAGUCUCAUUAUUCAUUUCUUUUUCAUAUCCAGGCGCUCUACUAGCCAAGGAACAUUAUUUUCUAGUUUCAGUUGUAUUCUUCUUGAUAUUUCCAUUUCAGCACCAUUUUAAAACUAUGCUGUGACCUACUUUCUCAAGGAUUGUUAGUAAAAGUGGAGAUCAUAGCCUUGAAUUUAAUUUGGUGUGAAAAGUUGGCCAAAUGCUUUUAUUUAGAAAAAAAAAGAAAAAAGAUUGCACCAAAAUCAUCAAAGGAACUUUAGAAAUGUGUGCUCUAGUUAUGACAAAGGAAAAGAAAAUUAAUUUCACUGUUUUAGGUGAUUUACCCAAUAUUUGGAAAUUUGACCUAAUGAGUAUUUGGCUUUCAGAAAUAACUAAUAAUGUUAAUUGCAAGCUCAAAUCUAGUUUUAAUUUUUCAAUUACUUAAUGGUCUGUGGGCCAGAGCAAGUCAUGAAAGAUUCUAAGUAAAUACUGGCAUGAAAGUAUAUGUUCUAAGGUGGAAAAUUAGAAGUCUAAUGUGCUAUUGUUGAUUUGAUAGCAGACUUGUAGUAAAUUGUCUAAGUCUAAAUUAUCAUUCUGCUGAAUUACUGAUGCACAUCCCAAUGCCUGUAGUAAUAGUAAUGUCCAGUUAUAGAACAUGGAAUCCAUGAAUGUAUGAAUUCCCGAUGCUCACAUUUUCCCAUCUCUUGCCUUUCUAUUUUUCCUAUUUCAUCAUAUAUAACAGGUUUUGUUUAAAAAAAACUCACCAAUUGAUACAUUUUAUGGAAACUUUACCUUAUCAAAUUUAAAAGAAACAAACAUAUUAAUGUUCUAUUUUUGGUGUUUGAAGAAUGAAUUUCUUCUACAGCUUUUGUUUAACAAAUAGAUAAAAUGUUAUUUAUCACUACAGUAAAAAUGUACAUUAGUUAAUAUACUGGCCUGUACAGGUUUGCACUACUUUAUCUUGUUUUUGUAUUGAGCCAGGUAGUCAGCAGUCCCUGUUUAUAUGGUUGUGUUCCCCCAUCCCAAAUUUGUGUAUUCCGGUGCCACUAAAUAAGGUUCUGUUUUCCUCUGUAUAUAGGCACACAUUGCCAUGUUUUUCAAAUCAACUAAUGACUUAAACACAGAUGUGAGCAUCUGAGAGGGAUUACACAUGAGCCUAUAUAUAUAUAUAUAUAUAUAUAUAUAUAUAUAUAUAUAUAUAUAUAUAUAUAUAUAUAUAUAUAUAUAUAUAUUCAUCUUAUUAUUGGACAUAACUGGAUGUGUUUAUAUCUUUAAACCCAAGGAUUAUAUGAUCCAAUUUAUAUUGGUAAUAGUUGAAAUGGUCAAUUGGGAAAAAGUUUCUCUUUACAUCUGACAGUACAUGCACUUCUUUGGAAAGUGGCAAUAACAUGUUAAAAGCUUGCAGAAGGAUCUGUUAUGAUGUAAAGAAAUAUUCUUUGCAUCCCAAAAAUGCCAUAUCCCUUAAACUUGAGGAAAAAAAACUCUAGCUUAUUUGCACUAAAAAAGCGUGGCCAAAAACAAUUCUAGGAGGGCAGGGUGGACAUAAUCAAUUUGUACCUCUUGAAUUAUUUUAUGUUAAAGCCCUGACCUCUCUUUUAAAACUGUAUGGUCCAGACAGAAAGUCUGUCAGUUUUGUGAUUUCAUAAUGAUGCACUUUAUAUUUUAAAAAUAAUAGAAGCACAUUUCUGAUACUGGUCUGGUACAGUGUGUUUCAGUAUAGUAUAAAAUGGUCUUCUGCAUGCAUGUCUGUCAGUGAUUUGUUACGACGACUAGAUCAAAUUACAUGGGCAUGAUCAAGAAGAAUAGGCACUACACUACAACGAAUUAUGAGACAUCAAGGGCAUGUAUUUUUUUAGAAUUGUUGAGUCCUGCUCUCUCUAGAUUUACAUAAUCAACAUUCCUGAAACUCAAAUACUUUAACGUAUUUUUAAAGAUUCCUGCAGCCUAUGUAGUUAUUUGUUAAAUAACUCUGUCUUAUCUUUUAAACUGUUGCUGCAUAAUUCCUCUCUGACUAAAAGAAUUAUUUUAGGGAUCUAGAUUUUUGUGGCAGCUAGGUAAGUUAGUAGGAGGCAAUGUGUAUGACGGUACUUCAAUAAUGUAGCCUUUCCCCCAAACUUAAAACAUAACAUAAUAUAAAGGCUAUUAUGACAGACUACCGGUUAUUAUAAGAAAAUUUCCAUAGCAUAAAUCAGAAAAUGAAAAAUUUGCAGAAGGAUUAUUUAGAUUAUUUAUGAACUAUUUAGGUUCAUAUAUAUGGGAAGCAAAUAUAUCAGUGAUUCAUAGGUACUAUUAGUAGUGUACACAAUAGUGGCUAGUGUUAACAUAGCUUUUUCUUCAUGUGUUCUUUUAAAAUAUCAUUCCAUUAUUUUCUUUUAUGCAAUAAUAAUUUCACCUUUAGCAUCAGGUAAAUAGGAAGUGCUAUUAAUUCCUUUCCCUGAUAAACAAGGAAGAAAUUAUUAUAUCAUGUUAACAGAAGACAACCUAUGUCCCUUGACUUCCUUUUUUGCCGUUGUUGAAGUCUGCUCUGACAAAGAUUGUAGAAGAUAGAAAAUAACAUAAUUUCUUAACUUUUUCCUCGAAGAAAUUUUUGAAAACUGCAAUCUAAGCCCUAUGUUAUUUCACUUAUAAAAGUGAAAAGUAUUUAGAAGUAUAUGCCUUCUAAAUAUGUAGAUUUGCAAUUCAUACGUUAAUUAUUCUUAGGAUAAUUCUCCUAUAUAAUUUUAACCUCAACUUAUCUGCAAAACAUGUCCAUGAGAGGGCUGAGAAGGCUUAGUAAACAGACCAGUUUGAACAAUCUUUGUCCAGACACUUGCUCAGUUCCAAAAAUGAGAAAGAAACUAUAUACAAGAUACAAAGCAUGCUUAUAGUUGUUUUAGUCAUAACAUCCCUUUUUCAAAUAAUUAAAAUCACUGCUAGCUGGUCCUCCAUAUACCUAUUCAUGCAUGUUUUUCUAGAUGUAUCAGUACCCAACAUUAAUAGCCAAUUUGAUCUGUAUGUGUCAUUAUACCUGCCUUCAUCUAGCAAAAGACAGUGUGAACUUGGUCAGAAGCUUUAAUACAUCUGUUUGUACAAAUGUUGACUGUAUUAUAAAUGUUAUUUGUGUGUAUGUGUGUGUGUAUAUAUAUAUGUGUGUGUGUGUGUGUGUAUAUGUAUAUAUACAUACAUACACACCCAAGAAGUUUCCACGAAGUUCAUAUCCUUUAGUUUCAAAAAGGCAUGUUUGAAACAGCUGCUAUUAAAUAAAACUAUGAGAUUUAGUUCGCUGAGCUAUGUGAUCUGUUGUUUGAAACUUUGGUGUGUUUUUAAAAUACGACGGGAUUUUGGUACAAAACAUGGAGUCCAUAGUCUCAGUGGAACUGAAAAAUACAAUAGCAAGAAAAAAUAAAAGUGGUCUUAAAAUAGAAAGAGCAAUAUGAAGAUUGAAUAUUUGACAUUGUAGGAAGCAUUUGAAGGCUUCACCAAGUGCACUGUCAAAGUAUCUCCACAAAGUAUUGAAGCAGCUCUUACUGCUUAAAAGACAAAGCAAAAUGGCUGUGUCUGCACAUGGGAACGUCUUUGAAACAGUCCUGCUGAACUUUCAGCUGCCUUCAGUUUCUAAAACAUCAGUUUAUUUUGCAUAUAAUGAUGGAUAAAACAAUUUAUUUAAUGCUUUAAUUGCAGAAUUAAAUUAUACUGAAAUUUAUUUGAAAUAAAUAUAAUCUCCAAAAAUAAAAUAAAAUACCCCUCUUUAAAUAUCCAUUUGGAAUGGGAAUUGUACAUGAUUAUGACAGUGUCCUUGGUAGUACAAUUGAAUUUUCUCACACAAAAAAAUAAUUGGCGUAGUUCAGGGCUAUUAAUUAACUUCAUUAUAAACCAUAAAUUUGGAUAAAUGAAUAUAAUUCUGUAUUGUUCCAUCAUACUUUUAUGACUGGUUAUGUACAUAGGAUGUAACAUUAAAAUGUUUUUCAUAUUUUCUGCUGAUAAGUAGAAUUACAUUAGCAACAUCGCUGAAACUUAAAUGCUUCCUAUUUUUAAAGAUUACUGCAGCCUGUAUAGUUUUUGGUUAAAUAUCUCUGUCAUAUCUUUUGCAAUGUCGCUGUAGAAUCCCUUUACUAAAAAUAUUAUUUUGGGGAUCUAGAUGUUCGUGGCAGCUAGGCAAGUUGGUAGGAAGCAAUGUGUAUGACUAUACUGUAAAUAAUGUACCCUUCCACACCCCAAAACAUAACUUUAAAAGCUAUUAUAGUUCUAUUGAAACUAUUAAAUGAAAUUGUUUUUUUCCAUCUCAUAAUUUUCACCAUCAUCUCUAUUUUAUAAAUGCAUUCAAAAUUAUAAAAUGAAAUAUGUUAGGUAUAUCAGACUAGAAAUCAUGGGGGGGGGGGGCUGUAUGCCAAAUUUCUAUUUUUCAGAACUGAAAAGUUUCCCAUCUAGUAACAGUGUGAUUUUGCUAGCUCACUAUUCUUUUUAGCUGAAGUGCUCUUAGCUAGAAGAUAAGCUUGAUUCAAAUAUAAUCAUGGGCAGGUUUCUUCCUUCCAAUAAUUCAUAAUGUGGUUUGUUUGAUUUUGACUUAGUAUGAUUAUGUAGUGAGUCAUUAUGGUUUAUAAAUUAUGAUAUAGCUUAGCAUUCUUUGAUCCUGUGCAUUACGGCAUAUUCAAUAAGUUAUGGUGAAAAUAAAUCAUGACUUAGUGUAUUGUAGACCUAGUCAAUAUUCCCUGACUUUCAAAUCAUGAUUUAGACUACAAUAGGCAACCUGAUGAUACACUCAGAUACCUUGGCUCACAAUUCCCAUUACUGAUUUUGUCCAUAAUGACUGGAAAAAAGCCAUCUUGGAUUAAAUUUAAAAAUUCAGUGGGAUGCUACUUUGUUUAUCUUUGAUUAAUUUGCUUAAUAUUUAGUUAGUAAAAAGGAUUCUAGUAAAAAGGGUUAGUAAAUAGCAUGUAUGUAUACUACUAUUCUGUCAUAAUGCAGCUUGAUUAUUCAAAAUGCUUAUUUCUGGCAAAAAGUAUGAGCUUGGUUUGAAGAUAUGAAAUUGUAUCUUACUGGAUGGGGUAAAAAAUUAAAUGUAAUUUUCCAAAACCAAACCAAGAAACGAAAGAAGUGAGGAAGAAGUACAUGGAAUAUUGAUGAGUCAAUCUUGUAAAUCAUUGUUUAAAGCAAAGUGAGAUACCUAGUGCCUUUCAGAUGCUGCUGAAUGCAACUCCUGACAGUCUCAGUCAUUUUGGCCAAGAGAAAAGGAUGUCGUGAGUUGUUUAGUAAUAUAUGAGGACCAUAACUUUAUAGGAAUUUUAGAGGUUCAGAAAUGCUAUAGCUUUUCUUACAGAUGUCUUAAGCUUAAACUUUAGCCACAAACUAAUAUUAGUUUAAUAAUAAAACACCUAAUCCUUUAAAACAUCUAGCUGGGAUUUUUACGAGAAGAUGAACUCUAGACAUUAACUUCUUCAGUAAUAAUAUAUGCCCUUUAAAAAUAGUUUCAUAUACAGAUAGUUCUCAUUUAGUGAUUGCCUUGUUUAGUGCCCAUUUGCAGUUAAGACCGUGAUGAAAAAAAUAACUUCAUGACCAAUCCCCACAUUUAUUACCUUUGCAAGUCUGUAAAGCAAAGGGAAACUGAAGUAAGAUCAUAAACACAGUUGCACUUUCACUUGGGAAUUACUUUGCUUAAUGACUGAGUUCCCAGUUCUAAUUGUAGUCACUAAACAAGGGAUACCUGUAUUAAAUAUUCACAUUUUUUUAAAAAAAGAUGCAAGUACAAAUCUUGAGAAAGUAUUCAUGUUUUUCAUGUGAAACCUGAAAAAUAACUCCACUUAAUAGGCUGAGUUAAUUUAGAAAUGAAAGAUAGGACUUUGUAUUAAGUUAUAGCCACACAAUUAUUUAAAAAAAUUCUUUGAAACUAAAUAUUUAGCUUCUCAUUUCAAUUUCCUUUAUUUCAGAAAAAAUGUUUAUUUUAAUGAAGCAGCACCAAGUUAAAGAGAACCUGCUUCAGAUCCAAAGCAUAUGACAACCUUGGAUUACAGUAGUUUUUGUUUUUAGUGAGGUUUUUUUUUUAUUGAUAAAAUCUGGCCCUGACUUGCUGAGCUGUGGUGAUGAUGAUGCAAAGGCUGAGCCAGGAUAUUUCAUGCUGAGCAGCAGAGGGGGGCCUUAGCAAGAAGGAGCUUUCAGUCAAUUCACUGAAGAUUUGGGGAGAGAAAAAGCAGCAGGCUAUAAUCAAAAUCAGAGGGAAGGAGAAAACUUUAUGAGGGAAAAGCAUAUGGAAAAGUUGGAUCAAAAGAAGCAGUGAAGAAAAUACCUUAGAAGACCUAGAACUGACAGAUGGAAAGAAGAUAGAAUGAGGGAGUUCUCUUGAAGGAGCAGCAGAGUACGUGGCAAAAAAAAACAAAACCCAACCCCAGAAGUACAGAAGAAGCAAUGACUAUAAAAAUGAUAAGGUGAUGUUAUAAUGAAGGAAAGUGGAGGUUUCUUGAAAGAAGAUGAAAAUAAUUUGCCACAAUUAUUAUUUUAGUUCUCUUAAACUAGAUAAUCUUAGAUUGUUCUAAGGAAAAAUUAAGCUAUAUUUGCUCACUCUAUGAUACGAAUUAUUAAAGUACCAUAAGCAUAGUUUAGGAUAUACUGACCAAAACAAAACAUGAACAUAGUAUUGCUUCCAACAGGGAGGCCCUCUCAUAAUCCAUGGCUAAUACUCUUAACAAGGAGUAGUUGCUACCCACAAUUAAGGUAGAAAGUGACUAUUGGUGAAUUAUUGCUACUUGAAGAAUCUUGCAGUGAAAACAGACAUUUAUAGAAAGGUUUGCUAGGUUAUAUCUUUUCCUCUCAUUUUGCAUGUAAACUGAUUGCCUUCGGGUAAACUGAGUACAUGUUAAGUAGUAUCAUUACAGUUUCCACAUUAGAUUUCUUUAAUGUGUAUUGCAAGGUGCUUUACAGUGGAACACAGAACUAGGAAAGAAGGCUGUUUAUUUUUCAGUUCAUACUUAUUACCAAAGUAUAGUAUUUAUUUUUCAAAAGAGAGUAUAAGAUUUUACAAAUGUAAGUCAGAUUCAGUUUCCCCUAUUUAAUAACUUAAUAAGUCUGAUAAUAGCAAAAGUGCGGAAAAUGUCUAUUGAGAAAAAGCUGCAAAAAUGCAGAAGGCUUAGUGAAAGAGAGAAAAUUCAUUCCCUUGCUUGGUUGUCAGUACUGUGCCCACACUUUUAUUACAAUAGAAAGAUACUGUGCUUGUCAAUAGAUAAUCAAAAUAAUUGCAAAGAUUGCAAGGUAUCUUCUACCUGCAUGUUUUAAGACAGCGCUGUUCCUGUAAUUGGGGACAUAGGACAUAGGACUUGGCUGUUCUUGCAUCAGAGUUUGCUAUACUAUCACUUGAUUGAUCAUCUCAAAGCAGCUAUAUCAGUAUCAGAUUGUUAAGAUACAUAGAUCAGAUUUCAUUAGAUAAACAUCUUAAGGCAGGAUAAAUUUUCUGAAUUUUCAGAAUAUUCUUAAAGGGAGUUGGUAAACUUGCCAGUUUAAAUAAGGCUAAAUGUAAUAAUAAGCAUAGAUAAAAGCCGGCCUUUAUGGAAAAGAAAUGAAUGAGAGUGUGUGUUAACCCUGUAGCAUUGCUGUUUAAUCCAAGAUAUUGGCAUAGGCUACUGUGAAACUAUGAACAUACUUGAAUCUUAAGUCAUGGCUUUCCAAGGAGAGUAUGUUCUUUUACCCGAAGUGCAAUACAUUUCUAAGAGUUACCAAGCCUGCAAAAGGGAUCGUAACCAUUCAGUACUUACUUACACUGCAGAAAUCUUUGUCACAAUAAGCUUUGUUGAGUUUAAAUAGAGUGGGCUUGUUGCUCUUCUUAGUAGAUUUAACAAAUUAAUUCACAUAUACUCUGCAGAAGCAAUUGCCCAGUAACAAAUUAUCCAAUUUCAGUUAACAGAUGGAAAAUUUCCAUUUCUGAAAGUUCUCGCCCACAGCAAUUCUUCAUGAAAAUAUUUGUUUAUACUUCAAGAUAAAAUAGCUACAAACCUCUACCAAGAUUGGGCCUGUUUUGUUAGAGAUGGACUGUAAUUGAACAAUCUCUCCACUCCUUCAUUAAUUAUCUUUCUAGGAAACGGAAUACUCUGGCACAAACAAAAAGAUUUACACUCAUUGCUAUUACUGGCAUUAUUGCAAAUAUUUUCCCCAUCAGAAAUCAUAGAUUUCAGUGUUCUGUGCAGAAAUAUAUAUUUUACCAGAAAAAAAUUAAAAAUGAACUAAUAUUCUACCAACUAAGCAUUGGAAGAUGGCAACUUAUCCACCAAAAAGAAAUAAACAUCAUGAGCCAUAACAUCUGACUCCAAUAUAGAUGCUAUAUUUUACAUAAUUCCUCUAUUCUAUAACAGAUUAUUGCAAAAAAAGGAGGGAAAAUUGUUGGGUGCUGUAAUGUGCAGUGUAAUUUUAAAUUUUAAAAUAGAGCACUUGAGCUAUGAUUAUAAAGAGUAGUUACUGUACUACAAAGGUCAUUGAAGUAUCAAGGCUACAGUGCUGCAAUAUAAUGACCUCAAUUUUUUCAAUGUUUAGGAGAAACUAUUAUACUUGGCUGACAUUCUGCUUGUUCCCAAAGGGAAUAAUAAAAAUGUCAACACAAAUUAAUACCCAGAAAUGACAAGUACAUAUAAUAAGAUAACAAAAAAAUUAAAAUGCCUUGUCCCUAUGCACCUCACCUUUGGUUAUAGCACAGCCUCCUCCCAUGCAACAUUAGUGGCUGAAUGUGUAAAUUAAAAAUGUAUUUCAGUAGAAAAGCUAGUAAGAAUGUGAAAGUUUCACAGUGUUAUAUUUUCAAUAACCAUUCACAUAUUAAAUAUUUAUUUAUUUUCAAAUAAGACUAGUGCAUCAUGCCAUUUUGUAAAGGAAACCUCAGUCUUUUUAAAUAUUUCCUUUUGUAGCAGAGCAGGUUUGGUAUAAGAAAAAAUGAUUAAAGUAACCCUUAAAUAGAAAUUUUAGGAGAAAGUCCGAGAAACUUAUUUAUUUCUGUAAUUUUGACAGAGAGCCAAGCUUUUGCAAUUUGAAAAAUAUGUGUAAAUUAUUUUUUAAGGAUGUAAUUUUACUAGUCUUUAUAGACUCACUCUACUUGCAGUGGUCUUACAGUGUGCAGUGUAGGGAGUGGUCAUUUUGGAUGGAGAUGUUACAAAAUACAUAAAAAAUUCUUAGGUAUUAAUUGCUCUACAUUUAUCCAUUAAAAUUUGAACAAGUAACCGGUACUCUGUACUAUAGAAACAAUAGACAUGUCUGUUACAAUCAGUCUGUUUGCCCAUAGAGCAGCUAGAUGUUUUUUGUAUAGUACUUGGCAUUUCUAAUAACAGGCCUUCUGUUUUGUUUACAUUGUGAAAUAACAUCCUGAUUCUGAACCCUUCUGAAAGAAAUAAAAAUGUUGGUAUGAAAUGUAUAGAAGCAAAGAGACACACUAAGAUCUUCAUAGAAUUUCUUGUGCUUGUUGGAUCAGCUUCUAAAUCAUUUAUGGAGUAAAGGACAGGAAGUAUAAAGAAAAUACCUGCUUACAAGAAAGUGUUUUCAUUUUUUUUUUACACGAAUGAAAAUACAUUUAAAUUCAGUAAGAGUGCACUCAUGCAAGUAGUCUUGACUUAAUAACCACAAGAAGGACCAGAUAAUACGUUGUUAAAUAAUGUGGUCAUUGACUUGCAACUUCUCUCCCAGCUUCCCGUUAAUGUUGGUUGUCAGAAACCAGCUGGGACAUCACAAAUGGCAAUCACAGGACCGUGUGAUGCUGCAACUCUUGUAAACGCCAGUGUCUGAUUCACCAUCGUGUGCCUGCAAGGUUAUUGCAAUGGUUGCAAGUGCAAGGACCAGUCAUAACUUUGAAUGAUCGUAAAACAAAUGGUCCUAAGUUGAGGACUAUAAUGGACUAUUGAGGACUGUAAUGUGAUUCAUUCACUAUUCAUUAUUCUAGUCAUCAGGAAGAACCUUAAUGUAUAAGCAAAUAAGUGUUUUGUAAGAAUAGGCAUGGGACCAUUCUUUAAAUAGCAUAGCCUUAUAAUGGCUUUUCUGCAAACAAUAUGAUGAAGCCAAUUCAUUAGUUUCUUGCUAAUGUUUGGCAACCUGCAAGGACUUUUCAGCUAGGGGUCUGUCUUCAUAAUAGCACAGAUAUCAGAAAGGUAAUAAAUCAUCAUACUUUUGUUUUCUGUCUUCUGUGAUGGUUUAUGGAUCUGUAUUGUAAUGUGUGUACAUAAUUGCAGUCUGAACAGUGACAUUACAUAUUUAUUUAAACACAGCAAAUUGUAAUGUGGAGCACUUUUGCCAUGGCAUGAGCAGCAUUUGUGCUCUUGGAUUUUAUUUUUAUUCUCUUUAAGUCCCAUAACAGUUUAAGUUUGGGAUACUAAUCUAAAUUGUGAUUGAAAGCUAGCACUUUAAGUACUUGUAGUCACUUUUCUUCUUACUAUAUGGAGCACUGCACUUUUAUAAAUACUAUUAGCACUGAGUUUUCAAUAUAUAGUUCCCUGACUCCCAUUUUUGUGUAGUCCUUACAGGGUGUUUGUUUAAAAUAAAUGGUGGCUGUAUGAAGAUACCUUUUCAUGAAUGUGGCCACUGCCUGGUGCCUAACUUAUAUUUAGUCAUAUGCUAAAGAAUGACAUAAGUUGAUGAAAAGAUGGCAGGGUAAGGAUAGAUCUGAACCAUUUUUAACUUUAAAAAAUAUUAAAUUGUUGACAUCUAGACAGAUUUUUUAAGACAAAUAUGUGCAUAUAUAAUCUGCAUAUCCACAGACUUUGAAAAACACCAAAGACAUUGGACAUUUAAAAUGGGCAAGAACAGCACAAGAAUUAUUUUUAGGUUUGCGUUAAAUUCACAACAGAGGAUGGAGUGAUUAAUGUGAUUUAAGCUAAAGAGUUUUGGGCAUAUCAUGUGUUGAUAUUUUUUUUUUUACCAUGAUGGAUGAAAUGUAUCAAUAUAGGUAGAUAAGAAAGUAAAAACUGUCAUUCAGCUUAUAUGCGCUGCAACACAAUUGCAUCCAUACAAAACUUGCUUCUUCCAGAUCAAUAUAAAAUAGUAUUCACAUAUGUAAAUUAGUUUAACAUUGUAGUUUUAACCAUAUUAAAGUGGGAAAGAGCUGAGAUGCUUUUAGAAGAACAGGUAUAACAUUCACUUACAUAUAGUCCUCCAGUUGCAGAAUGCUGUUAUAUGAAAAGUUCACAGGGCUGGAAGGAGGUUUGUGGAGAAUUUUCACAUUAACUAUUAGUUGGCUACAAGAUAAUUAAUUUGAUAGAUGUUUUAUUUAAUGUUGAGUGUUGCCAUCAGGCGUCAGUGUACUAGCUCUACCUUACUAGAAGAUCUUAAAUAUGGUGUUCAGUGUUCAUUUCAUGUUGCUAAAUUCCACAGGAAAAAUUAAAUAUCAAGGUCAGAGCAAUUUUCAAAUAAUAAAAUGCUUUAUAGACAUAAAUUUUAUCUCUGAAUACCUACACUGUGUAGAUAUCAGUAUAUAAAUGAGAUUAUUUGUAAGAACCCAAAAUAUUUUUAGUCUUUAAUAUAACUCCUGAAUCCUGAUCUAACUAAUUACCAUGCAUAUACUGAAGCUGGCUUCUGUAUGUGCAUCCUUUGUUGAAUUAAGAAAUGUACAUAUAAACAGCAGCAUGGCAACAUCCAGCUUUUUAGUUCCCUUCUCUGUAUCAAAUAAUAUGUGCAGACCCAGUUAAAUAAUUGAUGUUCCUGCACUGAUUGUUCAGAGAUAAAGAAAUGUUCAUUGGAGGCUUACUGUUAUAUACUAGACCUUGUGUUUUGCAUUCUCUCUGAAUGAGCCCAUUUUCUUAACUGAAAUAAUCCCAAUUAAGCAACUUUCAGAAUCAAAAUGUUUCUUUUCAAUUUAAAUGUAUUCACUAUUCCAGUUGCAUAGAAUAGCUGCAGCAGUGACAUCUUUCUGAACAAUCCUCAAUUCUGUAUAUUUUUUCCAACUUCUAAUCAUUCUAUUAAUAAGAGUAUCAGUGUCUAUCAACAUAGAAUUAAGCUAAAUAUAUUUAAUCAUAAUAGCAUAUUUAGUCCCUUUGCUAAUUGUGGUGACAAACGUAUGCGUGUGGGUGUGGAUGUGGAUGUAUGCACAUACAUGAAGAGCUGCUUCUUGAGUGAAACAGUAUAAAUACAAAAUCUUUUAGAAAACUAGCAAUUCCCCUUGCCCAUAA